AUGAACAAAGAAGCACCGCUCUCCAUCGCCGAGCGUGAUUUCAUCCUCAAUGCUCUGCGCGAGGAUGUCCGGCUCGAUGGUCGCCAGGCUGACCAACUUCGCCCGUUGAAGGUUACGUUCGGGGAAGAGUAUGGGCAUGUGAAAGUGCAGCUCGGAAAGACCAGUCUUAUUGUGCGCAUCUCUUCAGAAGUCACGAAACCUCGCGACGACCGUCCCUUUGAUGGACUCUUCGCAAUUGCCUUAGAGCUCACGGCGAUGGGCUCACCCGCUUGGGACAACGGACGACAAGGCGAUCUUGAGGCAUAUGUUGCCCACGUUCUCGACCGCGUUGUGCGCCAUUCGAACGCUUUAGACACAGAAUCCCUGUGCAUUCUCAAGGGCGUCAGUUGCUGGAGUAUUCGCGCUGACAUCCACAUAACCGACUACGAUGGUAACCUGAUCGAUGCCGCCUGUAUCGGAGUCAUGGCUGGAUUGCAACACUUCCGCCGUCCGGAUGCGGUUGUCAAGGAUGGACAGGUGAUAGUCUACGGACUCGAUGAACGGGUGCCUGUUCCGCUGAAUAUUACACACAAACCUCUUUCUGUCACCUUCCACACCUUCGACGAAGGAAAACGGGUUAUCCUUGAUGCGACUCGGAAGGAAGAACAGGCAUCGGAAGCGGAUGUUGUCAUCGGGGUCAACAAUGCUGGGGAUGUGUGUUUCGUCUCCAAGUUCUCGGGCUCUCCCGUGGAUGCCUUGGUGUUUGUAACGAAGUCGUCUGUUGCUUUGGAGAAAGUCAAGGAGAUCAAUGGGAUUAUUGACAAAGCGCUACAGACCGAUCUGGCCAAGAGAGCGAAAACCGGACUGGCAGAGGAGUCGAGAGCAGAGAAUGAUCGAUGA